GCGCUUGCGUGUAAUCUAUUAAAGAUGGCGUAUUCUGAUAUUCUACCAUUUUAUCUUACUAGACCGGCAGUGUGUGUAAGAACCAGUAGCAUUGAUAGUUUUAUUCCGUCAUAAAGAAUAUACUUAUUUAAAGUAGAUUAUUGCAAUUAUUUGUUUAUUAGUGCCAAGCAACGAUUUAUUGUGAUAUUUUGUGUCUUCUUUUUCUAUUAACUUAUUUUUAUAUAUUAUUUCUUCCAUCUACUUUAUGGCUGUGCUUCAAAACAUUUUCGUGGAAAGAAGAAUGUUGCUUUAAAUUGCAAGAUUAAACGGCUGCAAAAUGAAUCUGGAAGUGGAACUUAUCGCAGGAGUGAUUAAGGGUGGACCAUCUCCUAAAAACUUACCCGCUCCGAGGCUCAUUAAAAUUUUCAUCGCUGGAGAACGGAAUGAAUUUAUAGAAGAAAGGAAGCAAUUAUUGGAACUGGUCGGUCCUGAGCUGCAAUCGAUUUAUGAUGACAUGGGAAUCGAGGUUCUGCUAGUGGAUAUGCAAUAUGCAACAAACGUGAAUCCUGAUCAAAAUCCAUUCUUAGCCGAACAUUUUUUCGACGAAAUACACGCUGCUUAUCAACAUUCGAGGGGUUGUUUUUUAUUGCUAUUAAUCGGUGACGAGCACAAUGUCGGAUGGUUACCAACGAAGCUCACUUCCGCAACCUACGAAAUCCUUUCGAAUCGCUGCGACGAUAUGAAGGAGUACUAUGAAUGCGAUAGCGAUGAUUGCUACGUCCUAAAGGUUGGCAGAUUGGGAACUACGAAGGACAGUUGGCAUAGUUCGGAACCAACGUUAAGGGAGGCGUUGAAAAAGGCUGCGGAAUCUGCAGUUACGGAUCAAUGUGAUAACGAAGAGAUUAAGAAUAUAUUGAAGAGCGCUGCUGAGAGACAGCUCGAGUACGCCUUGCAACUGGACGAAACAGGUGACGGCAUAAUAGCCGUGAAACGCACAUGGAAAGGCAAAAAGAGCACAAGAGCAGUUGCCUCGUUGAAGUCUUUGGUGGACAACCGUCUCCCAUCCGACAAUGUAAUUAACAUCGAUGUGGAUCAGAAGCAAGGCGGCAUUAAUCCCGAUAAUAGAUCCCAUAAAGGCUACCUGGCUCAUCUUUGUCGCCUGGUGGUGAAUCGCGUGCAGAAUUUGGUGAACGCAUCUAUAGAAGCGGAUCCAGAAAUCAAGAGCAAGAAGAAGAUGGUGCAGGAAAUCUAUGCGGAGAGUUUGGUACAUCUGGCGCUUCUUAGGGAGAUUAAACCCUGCGAGAACAACGAGAAUAUUGAAAGGAUCAGGGAGAUCUUAAUAUCGGGUAAAUCACAGAAGCAUGGCCCUAUAUUGAUAAAAGGCGGUAAAUAUUCGGGGAAAUCAUCGUUGCUGUCAAGAAUUUACGAGGAUGCUUCCACCUGGUUGGAUUGUCCCACGUUCAGGAUUGUUCGCCUCUGUGCGUCUACACCUCGAUCAGCGUAUAGUCUCGAACUGCUUCGCGUGCUCUGUCAACACGUCGGCUUCCUUUCCGGCUCGUUAGAUGGAAAUCUUCCCAAAGACGCCUCGUUUGAUCCUCUUUAUUUGAACAAUUGGCUGGGACAAAUUAUGAGACGGAUCGAGGAGGAACCUAUAAAGGAACAGUUGGUCAUUCUUCUUGAUGACAUUCAUCGAUUGCACUCUCUCGAUUGCGAUAUCGUCGCUGCUCUAUCCUGGAUGCCAUUGAAUCUACCACCAGGAGUACAUUUAAUAGUGACUACAGCUCUUCCUCCGGAGGUACUACGGCUCACUCCAAUACAAAAAGAGAGAUUACGUAGCAACGAAAUUUUAAUCGAGCUUCAAGACUCGAAUUCAGAUUUGCAAGAGAGUGAGAACGUUUUUGACACAUUGGAGGAACUGGUGGGUGAAUGCGCGGCUAAUAGAAUUGGCGCCAUUUUGGCUUCCACGGAGUACGGUUUAUCGGAAACAGAGAUUCUCGAGGUGAUCAUGCCAACAGGAGGCGACGGACCAUUAUUCUUAAAAGAAGGAUUCUUCAAUUUUGCCACCUGGUGUUUGAUUAGAAGAACAUUCAACGAAUUUCUCAAGGUGCGUGUAAUGAGUGGAAGACUGUUAUUCUCCUGGCGUUAUCCAAUUCGCGAUCUGGCCAGGAAAAAAUACUUUGCCAAUCAAGAAACGUUGAAGAAUUACCACGGAGAAUUGACGAAUCUUUUCUUCUCGGAAGAUUUCGAAGAGAAGGACGAUAAAUCCUUCUCCGUAGAGGAAACUCCAAAAAAGGAGACGCCUUUUCAGAGUAGGCCGAGGACAGAAACCGCAGCAUAUAAUCUGAGACACGUGGAGGAAGGUUGGUUGCAUUUGUUGCGAGGUGGGGAUGUAGAGAAGUUGAAGAAAUUGGCAGUGUGCGCGUUCGAUUUCCUCUUGGCCGCCGUACAAAUGAUUUCUGUUAGCUACUUGAGGUGUGUUCUUGAACACUCGAGAAAAUAUUUGCUGAACAGAGACUUGGAAUUGGUGUAUUAUACGGUGAGGAAAUCUAGCGACAUCUUAACGAGGGAUCCUCUUCAACUUGGAGCGCAACUGAUCUGUUGGUUGAGGCCUGUGGCUGAAGAUGGUGGCGAUCUGGUAAGCAGAAUGGUAACAGCAGCAAUGGCAUGGUGCGAUGGUUACACGGCCCCAUUAUUGGUACCAUUGAACGGAUGGCUGCAACCACCGUUACCUCUUCAAAUUCGCACUUUAUCUUAUCCACAAGGUGUGAAACUCGUCGAGGCAACUACUUCCGGCCAACAUGUUAUCAUUGUUCCUUUCCAAGGAGAUGCUCAAUUAUGGCACGUGAUGUCUGGACAAUUGGUUCAUACGUUUAAAGGACAUUCGAAUCCAAUUUUGUGCUUAGCUGUGACGGAACACUCGCAAUAUUUGCUGACAGGCUCUGAAGAUACUUCAAUUAUAGUCUGGGAUAUGAAGGAAUUGAGCCUAAAAUUGAGAAUACAAGAACACAUUGCACCAGUUCUGUGCUUAACGUCUGCUAUUAAGAAUCCUAUGAUUAUCAGUGGAGGCGAAGAUUCCAGAAUAAUCGUUACCAGCCUCUUAACCGGCGACGUCCUCAUCAAAGUAGAUCAUCAUCGAGGGCCAGUGAACUCUAUUCGCAUCGAUUCUACCGGCGAAUUCCUCGUUACCGGUUCUUCAGACUGUACAGUCUGUUUGUGGUGUCUGGAUGGAUUCUCGUUGUUAAGGAGCACCGUUCUACCCUCCCCGGUGACAAUGAUCGACAUAUCGGCGGAUUCCGUGUUCUUGUUGGCAGCCUGCGAGGAUCAAAAGUUGUACUUGAGGUGUUUGGCCACGGGGACUGAGAUCCACACAUUGAGGGGCCACCAGGGAGAAGUGAAGAGUAUCUGUUUGGCGAGGGAUUGCAGAAGAGCCAUUGCUGGUGGCAUCAAGGGGAAGAUUUCAGUGUUUGAUAUGCACAGUGGAAGAUUGACCAGGACAUUGCCUGCCAACCCUUCAGCGGAUGUUACUGCUGUCAAGGUAACCGAGAAAGACGACUUCCUGAUAACAGCUUCUGGCGAUCGAGUGGCUUAUUGGAGCUUUCGUAGCGAAGAGGCUAAUACUAAGCGACAAAAGUCCAGCAGUGCAGAAUCAUUGCAUCCGCACACUGCUCCUAUAUCUUGUUUGGAUAUAUCCAGAGACAGAGCGAUGGCGGUUACCGGUGGUGUCGAUUCUCUCGUCAAUCUUUGGCAAUUAAACACUCACGAAUUGCUUUACACUUUCGAGGGCCAUAUCGCUAGCGUGACUUGUAUUGCAUUUUCACCUUCCGGUUUAUUUGUUGCUUCUGGUUCCGAGGAUAAAACAAUUCGCGUUUGGGGCCUGAAUUUAAGCAUAUUGGUGACAACGUUUAAACACCAGGCACCUGUCACUGCAGUGACAGUCAUGUACGAUGGCCGAAGAGUGGUCAGUUCUGACAGAGCUGGUGGAAUUCGAGUUUGGGCAGCUGAUACCGGCACUCUGAUUCAAUCAGUAUGCGGACCAGGUCGUUGUUUUACAGUUUCUUCUGAUAUGAGAUAUGCGAUAUGCGGCACAGGAGACAAUCAAUUAAGAAUCAUAGGUUUAGGUGUUGGUCCAGAAGAAAAAUACCAAGUAUCGCAUUCUCAAGAAAUUACUUGUCUUGUCGUGACUCCAGAUUCUCGAUCAUUGAUCACGGGUUCCAGAGACAUGAGUUUGAAAGUUUGGCAACUCGCUGGUGGCAAAUUAUCACAGGUUUUAGUGGGUCACACGGAUCACGUUACCUGCGUCGCAGUUGCCGUUUUGGACAAAUCUAUUGUAGUGUCUGGUUCCAGAGAUGCCAAUCUGAUUAUUUGGGAUAUUAACACUGGCAGCGAUCUUCACACUUUGAAGGGCCACUUAGGGUAUAUAACCUGCAUUAAGUUGUCAGGGGAUGGAAGUUUAGCCGCCUCUGGAAGCGAAGACAAAAGUUUGAUUAUCUGGGACAUGAAAAAGGGUUGCUCCCUGAGCAGUAUAAUGUUACACGUUCCUGUGUUGGGUCUCGAGGUCGCCACGGAUCUGUCGAGACUUGCAUUGCAUUUACUUGAGCAUAAGUGCAUGCCUAUCCUCUGUUUGCACAAUACCCCUGCACAGUAUGUCAAAUUACCUGAUUAUGUGGCACCAUGGAGCGAUAUCAGAGAUUUGAGGUUACCUGGACCAAAGAGACCGCAUAAGAGAUUGUUGAAGAAGGAAGUGUCACUGGACAGUGACACGUGGCAUAGGAAAUAUGGCCAUCUUACAUCAGGUAUGUUGACAUCAUCGGUGGAGGAUGGAUUACAACGAAGAUUUAGCGUAAGCGCUUCCAUGGACGAGAUCAGCAAGGUUGGAUUAACGAGUAGUCCAUCCGGUUUAGGGCCGGAACAGGCUGCUCUCGCUCAAUCGCAACACUUCGAUCAACUCGAAGCACUUUGGAACAAACAAUCACCGCCUGCUAGACCUCGUGCUCAUGGUAGAACAUUAUCUAAGCAAAGCUCGUUACAAGCCACGCGAAUAUCUGAUUCUGAAGAGGAGGGUGUACCAGAUUAAAACAAUGUAUUUCAUUAGAAAGUAAACGGACUAAAAUCCUAAUUGUCGUACCUUCUUCUCUUUCCACUGUCUUUCAAAGGAGCAAAGGGUGAACAAGAAAUAAGGGGGGGG